CAGAAAGCAGCAGCGCAGCCAGCAGCAAAGAAUCGCGAGGCGAUGGCGGCGGCGACGGCGACGGCGACGGCGACGGUGCAGGCGCAGCCAGGACUCGACGCGCGCGAGUGGGACGAGGCAGCGUACCGGCGGGGCAUCCUGCGGGAGCGCGACCUCUCCUGCCGCACCCUCUUCCGCGCCGUCUUCUACGACCAGCGCGACGAACCCGACCCGGACGUCCUCCUCGCCGCCGCCUCCAGCGACGGCUCCCUCGCGUCCUUCUCGCUGUCCUCCUGCAUCUCCUCCUCCGCCUCCGCCCACGCCGCCCCUCAGCCGGCUGCCGCCGCGCUGGUCGACCCUGUCUGCAUCGUCCAAGCGCACAGCGGCCCCGUCUAUGACGCCAAGUUCUACAACGAUCCAAUUCAGCCGCUGCUCUUCAGCUGCGGGGAUGACGGCCACAUUCGGGGUUGGAGAUGGCAGGAGAUGCAGAGCUGCCUUGUGCCACUCUCUCUGCAAGGGGAUCAUGUUGAACCCAUACUUGACUUGGUUAACCCUCAGCAUGAAGGCCCUUGGGGUGCACGGUCUCCAAUACCAGAAAAUAAUGCCAUUGCAAUUAGCAAACAGGAUGGAUCUCUUUUUGCAGCAGCGGGUGAUGCAUGUGCUUAUUGCUGGGAUGUGGAAAGUGGCAAGUGUAAAAUGACCUUUAAGGGGCAUACUGACUAUUUGCACAGUGUCGCAGUUCGUGAGGCAAACCACCAGGUGGUAACAGGAUCAGAGGAUGGGACAGCCCGUAUCUGGGACUGCAGAAGUGGGAAGUGUACGCAGACGAUACAUCCAGUACAGAACAAGAAAUUUGAGGGCUCGUGGGUUGGUUGCAUUGCCAUUGACGCUAGUGAAAGUUGGCUGGCAUGUGGUACUUCUAAUGGUAUAUCGGUUUGGAGUCUUCUUUCAAAUGAGUGCAUCUUCAAUGCAGAUUGUGGUGCCCCUGUUCAAGAUCUGUUGUUUGACAAAAAUCAAAUUUUAGCAGUCGGCGCUGAACCUGCGCUCUCCCGUUUCACGAUCAACGGGGUUGUUGUUUCGCAAAUAAAGUGCGCUCCUCCAUCGGCAUUUUCCGUCUCCAUGCAUUCAUCCGGGAUGGCAGCUGUUGCUGGGCAUGGAGGUCUGGUGGAUGUCAUCUCUGGAUUUGGGAGCCAUCUCUGCGCGUUUCGUUGCCGUGGCCUGGAUAGGUAAUCAGUUAUCCGGGUGUUGAUGAAACGUUGCCACGCAAUUUCCGUGCGGCAAUCCUGCAUUAGUCUGCGGAAUGCGAUAAUUGUAUUUUUUUCCUUUCACUGUUGUAAUACUAGUUUCAGUUCGGUCCACGGAACGAUUUCCUGACAAGGAUAGAUUCUUUGUAAAUGUCCUUGUUCUAGAUAUUCUCCUGGAGCUUUUGAUACAA